GGCACGUGAUGCAGGUUUUUUCAGUCUUAACAGCGGGUCACUGGCUAUACGUUUGCGCCCCAUUUAUUUUCAUAUGAAUUUCUGGCUUAGGCAUUUUCCCUCCGGACAAAAAGGUUAUUCUCUUUCAGCAGGCUUACACUUAAUUCCUCAUAAUGGACUCAGACAUAUUGAAUAUAGAGGAGAUAGUAAUGGGCGGAGGAGAGGCUGCUGCCCCUGCUGAUCUGCCCUCUGAGAAGACAGAGGAUACCUACACCACCUCCAUUCAGGAGCAUGCACCACCUCCUGUCAUUCAGUCAUACCAGCAUGAAAGCCUGCAGUGUUUCCAAUGUUUUAUUACUUUCUGCAACUCGAAAGCCAAGGAAAGGCAUAUGAAGAAGAGUCAUCGGGAAGAGUAUAAACAGCAGCUUCAACAGUGCGAUACUCUGUUCACAUGCUACGUGUGCGAUCGAACCUUCCCCUCCUCUGAGGAACUGACACAACAUCAGUCGACCCACAACAAGGAGGACAAGCCCUUCAAAUGUGCACAUUGCCAAGAAUGCUUCCGCACAUUCUCAGAGUUAACAACACAUCGGCGGCAAGUAUGUCCUGAACGUCAGUUCUUGUGCAAAGAAUGCAACGAUAUGUUUCGAAGCUCUGGACUUUUGCGUAACCAUCGUUUGACCCAGCACCCCAUGCCCAUGGAUGGGGAGGAGGCAGAGGAUUCCACUAAGACCUACCGAUGUGGUAAAUGUGGUAGGGGAUUUGAAGAAGAGGCAGAGCUCCUGCAGCAUCAGGAGAACCACGCAGGUGACCGGCACUGCAACGGUAGUGCCGCCGUCAAACGUCGAGGGAGACCACCUAAAACUGAGGCCGGAGCAGCUGGUGAAAAGAAAGCGAAGCAAAAGGAGGAAGAGGCAGAGGGGCCUGAGGAAACCAACCAUUCAGAAGACACUUCUGCAAAACCAGCCACAGCAGGAAGACGAGGACGCCCAGCCAAAUCUACCCAGGAGCCCAAGGCAGAAGAUGAUAAAGCAGAAAAUGAUGACAAGAAACCUGUUCCUCAGCCAGCUCUGCAGAUUCCUUGCACUGAAUGUGACCUCACUUUCCCCAGCCUGACGCAGCUUCGAGUACACAAGAAAGAGAAGCACACGCAGCGCAAGCCUCACGCUUGUGGAGAAUGUGAGGAGAGUUUUAACCGACCUGAGCAGCUGGAGGCCCACAUGGCAAGGGCGCAUAGUGCCGGCCGGCACACUUGCCCCACAUGCGGGAAGAGCUUUGGCAGAGAAAGUAACCUGAAGGCUCAUCAACAGAGCCAUGGAAAAGAAGAGAAGCCAGUCGGAAAGAGAUAAUUCAGUUUGGGAGAAUUUUAAGGGGGUAUGUUAACAGAAGACGAAUUCAAUUUUUAAAAGUUUUGUGUAUAGAAAUGUAGGUGGGGACAGGGUUCACUUUAGAUUUUAAGUUGUAACAUAGCAGGGGAUCCUUCAGCUGUGUGGCCCUCGAGAUCAACACUAUGUGAACAUGUUAUUUGAAAACUGGAAACCCAAAGGGUAGGGAGUUCACGGUAAACAGUGGUAACCAUGUUUGGGUGCCUCAUUGUAUCUCUUAACAUCUGUACAUAGCUUUGGCAUGGAAAGUAACAGGAUUCAUACCAUGACUGGAUUCUCAUUUGUAGGGUAACCAUGUUGUAACUAAUACCACCAAGAAAAACCCACAGAAAAGCCUUAUUAUAUUGUCUAAGGCUUCACAUUGUUGUUGUUUUUUUUUCUUUUUUGGGAAAUUGAAAGUUCUUUUCUAUGAAUCUAAUGUGUUAUUGUUUUUACAUGAUUUUUAAAAGUGGGUACAAUGGUGAGUGGAAAGAUUUACUAAAUGAUUGUUUUCUGCCGAGAUCGGACUAAAUUUUAUUUCAAAUGUUUCCGUUUUUUUACAGGUAUGACUUGACAUUUGACUUGAACUUAAAUGUUACACACAAUUAAGGCAGUUCUCUGAUUGAAGUAAAUGUCUGAAUAAUUAAUUGAAAAUGUUUUAAAUGUUUUCCGAUUUAUUUAUUUUUCUGUGUUGAUAUUCUAAUUUAUGGUGUAUCCAUAAAGAAUUUCCAUGAUGAUGAAUUAAUGAGAUUGGAGAGGAGGUACUUAAAAAUCAUUGAAGUUUUUAAAUUUAAGACUACAGUGAAGUGUGACUCCUCUAACUAUUGCUAUCACAGAUUAAAGUUUCUUCCUUUUCGCCAUACUUUGGGGUUAUGAUAACAUUUCAUUUCUGCCUAAUUGUGAAGCAUUUAUUGAAAAAUCCUUUAAAAUGGUAUUUACAUAAUUGCUUUUAACAAAGAUCAGCUUGAACAUCUGUUUCACAAGUUGAACGAUAUCUAUAUCUCUAUAAAUUGUUCAUGAAGAUUGAGGAAAGUGGAUAUAGCUAAGUGCAAUGGUCAGACGCAACUUUUCCUUUUCAUUACCUUUUCAGUUAGCCUUUGUUUAGAAAGCUCAGCAUACAUAGAGCAGAGUUAGAGUGGAACUAAGUGGUUAAGGAAAGCUUGUUUGAUUAACUAGAACAUGAUUUCAGGACAGUGCGUUCACGUAGCGAUGGGCGCCUUCGAAACAUUUGUGAAUCUUUGUUUCGAAUCAGUGUUUCGGAGCGCGUAUUAAACCGGCCAGGUCACGUGAUUUUAGCAAACGAAGCUUCGUUACGUCACACUGUUUCGAAACUCCGAUGGUUCACCACUAGGGGGUGUUGAUCUCAAAGUGAACCCAUG